AUGUAUAACAUGAUGGAGACUGAACUGAAGCCCCCAGCUCCCCAGACCAACACGGGGGGCACGGGCAACACCAACACGUCCGGCCCCAACGCGAAAAACAGCCCGGAGCGGGUCAAGCGACCCAUGAACGCUUUCAUGGUGUGGUCCCGGGGCCAGAGGAGGAAGAUGGCGCAAGAGAACCCCAAAAUGCACAACUCGGAGAUAAGCAAAAGACUGGGCGCCGAGUGGAAACUUCUGUCGGAAAGCGAGAAGAGACCUUUCAUCGACGAAGCUAAGAGGUUGCGGGCCCUGCACAUGAAGGAGCAUCCUGACUACAAGUACCGACCCCGGCGGAAGACCAAGACUCUCAUGAAGAAGGACAAGUACACCUUGCCUGGCGGGCUGCUGGCCCCGGGCGGCAACGGGAUGGGAGCCGGGGUUGGCGUGGGCGGCGGCCUUGGCGGCGGCCUGGGCGGUGGGGUGAACCAGCGCAUGGACACUUACGCCGCUCACAUGAACGGCUGGACCAACGGCGGCUACGGCAUGAUGCAGGAGCAGCUGAGCUACCAGCACCCAGGACUGAACGCGCACAACCCCAGCCAGAUGCAGUCCAUGCACCGCUACGACAUGAGCGCCCUACAGUACAACACCAUGACCAGCUCGCAGAGUUAUAUGAACGGCUCCCCCACCUAUUCCAUGUCCUAUUCCCAGCAAACGACACCGGGCAUGACCGCUCUAGGCUCCAUGGGGCCCUCGUCGGUGGUCAAAUCCGAAUCGAGCAGCUCCAGCCCGCCUAUCGUCACCUCGUCCUCCCACCGGGCCGCCCCGGGCUGCCAAAGCGGGGAUCUGAGAGACAUGAUCAGCAUGUACCUGCCCGGAGCGGAGGUCAGCGAGCAGACUGCCCAGACCAGACUACACAUGUCCGGCCACUACCAGAGCACCGUGCCCGGGACGACGAUCAACGGCACGCUGCCAUUGACACACAUGUAA